UGUGUCGAGACAUUCGUGCUACUUCCGCGUCGCCGCUGUGUUCAGUUUUGAUUGGAAGUGGAGUUCACUGAGCUGCCUACAGUGUAAUGAGAAAUAGAAGGACUCUCAUACAGUGAGUCCACCUAAACAAGCUUGUGUGUUUCUUGGAUAUUCAGGAGAGUGGCUGGAGAUAAGACACGAAGCAAAGCAAGCAGGAAGUACUCUAGCUUUAUAGCUAGCCACUUUGAUUUUGGGUCUGUCAUUUGCUGCAGACUAACUUAUGGAAACAUGGAUUUCCUCUGUGAAAUAGUUCAAGCCUUAGUCGCAUUGGCAUCUCUAAUUGUUAUUGUGGUGCUCAUGUUAGCACAUGUCACUGCUGAGAUGGUGAACCUGACACGCCACGAGAAGGAGAAAUACUUCCUCACCGUGACAGGAGAGAAGGAGCUUUUCCCCAGCCUGCAUGAUCCCCCUUCUAGGGAGCUCUCGGUGGUGAUCCCGGCCUACAACGAGGAACUCCGAAUGCCAGUGAUGUUGGAUGAAGCUACACAGUACUUGGAAAACAGACAGAAACAGCAGCCCUCUUUUACCUAUGAGGUCAUUGUGGUUGACGAUGGCAGCAAAGACAAAACCACAGAGGUUGCAUUGCGGUACAGUAAGAAGUACGGUGCUGAUAAAGUGCGGAUCCUGACACUGGUGAAGAACAGGGGGAAAGGAGGAGCUGUGCGGAUGGGAACUCUGAGCUCCCGAGGGAAAGUCAUUCUGAUGGCAGAUGCUGACGGAGCCACAAAGUUUUCUGACAUUGAGAAAGUGGAGGCUGGACUUAAUACCCUCAACCCUAAGCCGGAGAACAUGGCAAUUUCCUGUGGUUCCCGAGCUCACCUGGAGAUUGACUCAGUAGCCGAGCGAUCUGUGUUUCGUACAUUCCUCAUGUAUGGCUUUCACUUCCUGGUGUGGUUACUUUGCGUGAGAGGGAUCAAGGACACACAGUGCGGCUUCAAGCUCUUCACACGUGAGGCUGCGCUCAAGACCUUCUCUUCUCUCCAUGUAGAGCGAUGGGCUUUUGAUGUGGAGCUCCUGUAUAUUGCCCAGUGUUUUAAAAUCCCCAUCGCAGAGGUGGCGGUCAACUGGACUGAAAUAGAAGGGUCCAAGCUGGUCCCGUUUUGGAGCUGGCUGCAGAUGGGACGAGACCUGAUUUUCAUUCGCAUGCGCUACUUCACCAGAGCCUGGAAACUGCAGUCAUCACAUAAGAUGGACUAGCCAAUCAGACGAGCCUUGGUGUCAUAGAUACAGCCAAUGAUGGGGCCAGCAAACCUUUGGAUGAGGUGGGAUUAACAACUGUGUCCGUCAUUCACUGUCAUCAAGAACGAAGUACAGUAUAUUGCAUCUUUUUCCUCUCCAGAUGUCAUUGGGUGUGAAGUAUUGACACAGUUGUGAGUUCUUCAUGGGCCCUGCCUUUUUUUAAUGUUUGGAUUUUGGCUUGUGAUGGCCGCUGUUACGCACACAUCUCUGUUGCCACGGCUUUCAGAAUGUUCGUAUGAGUGAUCCGUGUACUAAGUUACUCAAUGUUUAUUUUGUGGCCAAUCAGCUGUGAGUAAGCGAGCCUUGUAGAUAAAUGCGAAGGAUCUGA